AUGGCCGGCGGGGCGGCGCCCCGGGGUGCCGAGCUGCUGGCCUUCGCGCGGUUCCGGGAGUCGAGCAAGCAGCCGCUCGCCUAUGGCUAUGGCCCGGGCAGCCUGCGGGAGCUGCGCCAGCGGGAAUUCAGCCGCCUGGCAGGAACUGUCUACCUUGACCAUGCAGGAGCCACACUGUUCCCCCAGAGUCAGCUUACGAGCUUCACUAAUGAUCUCAUGGAAAAUGUUUAUGGUAAUCCUCACAGCCAGAGCAUCAGCAGCGGGCUCACCCACGAAACCGUGGAGCACAUGCGCUACAGGAUUCUGGCGCACUUCCACACCUCCCCGGAGGACUACAGCGUGAUUUUCACGGCAGGAAGCACGGCUGCUCUUAAGCUGGUGGCAGAGGCCUUCCCGUGGGUGUCCCCGGGCCCGGAGAGCAGUGGGAGCUGCUUCUGUUACCUCACCGACAGCCACACCUCCGUGGUGGGCAUGAGGAAGGUCACCAUGGCCAUGAACGUCACCUCCGUCCCGGUCAGGCCAGAGGACAUGUGGUCGGCAGAGACACAGGGCGCGGCCGCCCGUGACCCCGACUGCCAGCUUCCGCAUCUGUUUUGUUACCCCGCGCAGAGUAACUUUUCCGGAACCAGAUACCCCCUGUCCUGGAUACGAGAGGUCAAGGCUGGGCGGAGGUGCCCUGUGAGCGUGCCUGGGAAGUGGUUCGUGCUGCUCGAUGCAGCCUCCUACGUGAGCACCUCCCCUUUGGACCUGUCGGUUCACCAGGCCGACUUUGUCCCCCUCUCCUUCUAUAAGAUCUUUGGAUUCCCUACCGGCCUGGGCGCUCUGCUGGUGAAUAAUCGUGUGGCUCCUCUGCUGAGGAAAACCUACUUUGGAGGGGGCACAGCCGCGGCGUACCUUGCAGGAGAAGACUUCUAUAUCCCGAGACGCUCGGUGGCUGAAAGGUUUGAAGAUGGCACCAUCUCGUUCCUUGAUGUAAUAGCACUAAAACAUGGAUUUGAUGCCCUAGAGCGCCUCACAGGCGGAAUGGAGAAUAUAAAGCAGCAUACCUUCACCUUGGCUCAAUACACCUACGCUGCCCUGUCUGCCCUCCGGUACCCCAGUGGAGCCCCUGUGGUGCGGAUUUACAGCGACUCUGAAUUCAGCAGCCCGGAGGUCCAGGGUCCGGUCAUCAAUUUUAACGUGCUCGACCCCAGUGGGAACAUCAUUGGUUAUUCCCAGGUGGAUAAAAUGGCCAGUCUUUACAACAUCCACUUGCGAACUGGCUGCUUCUGCAACACGGGGGCCUGCCAGAGGCACCUGGGGAUAAGCGACGAGAUGGUCAAGAAGCAUCUUCAGGCCGGUCAUGUCUGUGGAGACAAUGUGGACCUCAUAGAGGGGCAGCCUACAGGGUCUGUGAGGAUUUCCUUUGGAUAUAUGUCUACACUUGAGGAUGCCCAGGCUUUUCUCAGGUUCAUCAUAGCAAUGCAACUGCACAGGUCUGAUGGACAGCCCCUCCCUCAGACCACCGCUGGGGAGGCUGGAGCCCUGUCAGAGAGCGAGGCUCAGGACGCCGUGCCGGCCACCACGGACGGAUGUAGUUCCUCACCUCAGGAAGAGGCCCCCACAGCCUCUAGGGUUUGCAACGACUUGCCGAGCACUGUGGAUGCAGGCGGUUCGCACUCACCUCCACUGAUGGCCACCGGGACCCAGCAGACCCCUUCAGAGAAAGCUGUAGGAGUCCUGGAUGGGGGCCUUGGGCCACAUGUCAUCACCAACCUUUACCUCUACCCGAUCAAAUCCUGUGCUGCAUUUGAGGUGACCAAGUGGCCCCUAGGAAAGCAAGGGCUGCUGUAUGACCGGAGCUGGAUGGUUGUGAACCACAAUGGUGUGUGUCUGAGUCAGAAGCAGGAGCCCCGGCUCUGCCUGAUCAAGCCCUUCAUUGACCUGCAGCAGAAGAUCAUGGUCAUCAAAGCCAAAGGGAUGGAGCCUAUAGAGGUGCCUCUUGAGGAAAACGGUGAACAGGCUCAGAUUUGCCAAAGCAAGGUCUGUGCGGACAGGGUCAAUACUUAUAGUUGUGGAGAAAAAAUUUCGAGCUGGUUGUCAAGGUUUUUUGGCCGUCCAUGUCAACUGAUAAAACAAAGUUCAGACUUUCAAAGAAGUGCAAAGAGACGGGGCAAAGAUCAGUCUGGGGGUCCAACAGCCACCCUUUCUCUGGUGAAUGAAGCACAGUAUUUGCUGAUAAACAGAUCCAGUGUUUUGGAGCUCCAGCAGCAAUUAAGUGCCAGCAGUGAUGAGCAUGGAAAGGAAGAAUCAUUCCCAAUGAAAGACCUCAUCUCACGGUUCCGUGCCAAUAUUAUUACCAGUGGAACAAGGGCUUUUGAAGAAGAGAAGUGGGAUGGGAUUUCAAUUGGUUCCUUGCAUUUCCAGGUUUCAGGGCCUUGUCACAGAUGCCAGAUGAUUUGCAUUGACCAGCAAACCGGGCAGCGAAACCAAAAUGUUUUCCAAAAGCUUUCUGAGAGUCGCGAGAGAAAGAUUUUUAUUUAUUUGCAAGAGAGAGAGAAUGAGCCCGGGGAGGGGCAGAGGGAGAGGGAGAAGCAGACUCCCUGCCGGACAGGGGGCUCCACCUCAGGACUCCGAGAUCAUGACCUGAGCUGAAGUCAGUUGCUUAACCGACUGAGCCACUCAGGUGCCCCAGGUUUUAUUUGAGAGAGAGAGAGAACUAGAGAGAGCAUGAGCGGAGGGCGAAGGGCAGAGGGAGAGGGAGAGGCAGACUCCCUGCUGAGCCGGGAACCCGAUGUGGGACUCGAUCCCAGGACCCCAGGAUCAUGACCUGAGCUGAAGGCAGAUGCUUAACCACUGAGCCACCCAGGUGCCCCAGUUUCUCUAAUUUCUAUUUCAUUUAUUUCUGUUCUAGUUUUAUUUCCUUCCUUCUGCUAACUUUGGGCUUUUUGGCUCUUCUAGCUUCUUGGGGUGUAAAGCUAGGAAAGCCAUAUUGUAUAUUAAACAAAUUGCUUUGCAUUUGAUACAAGUAAAAGCAUUAUUUAAAAAAAAAAAAAAGUACCACUCCUGAUCUGUACUGGCCACUGUGUACCUCCCCUUGCUCCGGAUGGUGAUCGUGAGCAAAGGAAAAGCCACAGUUCUAUACUCAGUGAGCUUGGCAGUUCAUAUCAGAGGAUCAGCA